AUGGAAGAAGAAAGCAGCCGAAUUCCGACUGCCGAUGCGGCUGUGACUGCAACGACAGAAGCUGGCAAGGAAGACGACCCACCGCGAUUACUCAAGAGAACUGCAAGCUGUGACGACGAGAACGACACGCUGGACGAGAAUAGUCAUAACGGCAAGAACAAUAAUGUGGAUGAGAAGAAAGAAGAAUCGAGGCACCAAUCGGCGCAUACUAGUACCGGUACUCACAUCCAAAUGAAUGGCAAUGGCUUACCGGACUCGGACGAUUUGGGUUACAACGAUCCGUCUGGGUUGGACGCUCUGGAUGCCCUGAAUUCGUCGUCGUCGUCGUCGUCGUCUGCUCGAGAGGAUCUUCCGAGUGACCAGAGUCUGGGAAGCGACUUUAGCAUGGGAACCGGCGGAUACAUUGCCGAGGCCGACACGGUCGAUAGUGGGAAUGUCAAUGUCAAUAACAAACGAAUGUACCGGGUGGAAAGUGAGUUGACAGAAGCCAGUAAUACACAACACAGCAACGCCGAUUCGAUUGCCAGUUCCCCCGCAAAACAAGAAGAAGAAGAAGAAGAAGUUAUUCCAAGAAGAACCAGCGACAAUACUCCCCCCAAGGUUGAGACUGUAAAGGACGACGAUGACGAUAGUGACUCGUUCCAGAGCUGCAGCAGCGCGUUGCUGGAACUUGACGACAGCGACAGCGACAGCAGUGUCAUUAGCGAAUCCAUGAAUUUUUCCGAUAUUGGCCCUCGAAGUCGAAUAAUAGCAGAUCCCGGCGGCGGAAGUCGACGAGGAGGCGUACUGUCCCGGAAUGAGGCGUCUGGAAACUUGCGUCAAGCUCCUCGUGGUCCAACAAGUAGUAAAAGGACUACCAGAAGAGGCACUCGCGGUGGAAGAGGAAUGCCCACGAAACCCACAGCCAGACCGGCACCCACUAGAAUACCCCGAUCAGCGCGAAUAGAAACUGCGAGAGGACUGGGGUCUUCCCUACAUUCUAGUUCGAAUGAUGACACGCCAAAACGUCCCUCAUUUCUGCUAAAAAAAGCCGUUUCGGAACGAUUCAGCUUCAAAGCUGACAACGAGGAAGACACCAUUUUCAAACCCAGAUUCAAGCAAAAGAAAUUCCGAUCCAGAUCGAUGGAUCUCUCCGGGUCGGGGCGAAGCGACGAGGGGGGACCACCGAUUGUCCGGAGUGCCACCAAAAAUAGUUUCACCCGAUACUCGGUAGCCUUUGGGGCAUCUCGAGAACAAAACUUUUAUCAACCUACUGUCAUUCGGAAAAGCCGCAAAAUGGAUAUUCAGACGGGUGCCGAAACCUAUCGGGAAGUCAUUUGUCAACGCAUCAUUGAUUAUCCCGAUGCCAUGAAUCCAAACGAGCGACGACGGAAAACGGUCCUGCGAACGGGACCGGAUAUCCACAAACAAGAGUCCAUGCAUGGGCUGUACCUCGAACCCCAGUACAGGAUGCAUACCAGGAUACAGUCGAAUGCUGUAAGUCAUAAUAUGUCACGACGACAACAAUGUUCCAACAAUCCACUGCCAAAAUCUCACUCUGUUCGUUUGUCCAAUCGAAUCGUUUGCAACGGUGUUGUUGUGUUAGUUCAAGGAGCAAAUACAAUCCCAAUCGCACGAUUUGGAGCCGGGACCUUUGACGAGCUACUUGAUUUGGUCACUGCAAUCAAAGUUCAUUUGGGUGCUGCUGUCGGAGGCAGUGGCAUUCUUGGGAAUGAAGGCGGACUCUAUUUUAUCGAUGCGUAUUCUCUUUCUUGGACGACGUUUAGUACAGUGGGGUACGGUUUGGUGCACCCCGCGGUCCGAACCGAGUCCGACGAUAUCCAGCUCAGCUGUUCCUUCUUGACAACAAUCUCCGCUCUAGAAGCUUUUGUUGGUGUCUUAUUUGCUUCAUUUUGCGGGGCUGUCGUUGUUGGAAAAAUGACCAGAGCAAAAUCAACUGCCAGCGUACAAUUCAGCCAGCGUAUGAUCCUUAGGUUUGGAACAGGUGUCAUGUAUACGGAGGACGACGACGACCGGAUUGACGACCGGAAUGAAAAGCCAGUUUCCAAAGUCGAUACCGAACGCGCCUUCUUCCCGUGUCCUGUCCUGGAAUUUCGACUUGCCAAUACACUCUUCGGUGAUGACACGGGCGAGAUUUUGGACGCUAGAAUAAGUGUGGUUGGAAGUACUCUGGCAAACAAGGAACCGGACAAUUCCAGUACACGCACUGGCGUCAUGGGAACUGUCAUGAGCGGUGGACGCCCAAGUUUGGAAAUGAUAAAGGGGAUGGGUCAUUCCGCGAGUGUGUUUCUCCGCUCCAAAGUCCCGGUACGGUUUGGCGACAUUGACCAAACGUGGUCGACGGGUCGCGGUGCCUUCAAAUCAUCCAGGUCGGGCUUAUCAAGCAGGUCUGUCUUUGCUUCGUCUGGUUAUUUGAGUAGGACCAAGAAAAACAUCCUAUGGUCGUCAUCAAAGGGAUCACUUGCAAAUUCAACAACUUCAGCUGAUAUUGAUUCAAGCGAAAAGGUUAACCACGUGCUGAAGAGAGUUUCUACUAAGGGAGCAAGUAAAAUCGAGAGCGUGAUUGUAAAGAAGCGACUGUUGAGGACCGCUUCCGGUGAAGCCAUGGGGGAGAUAACAAUACCACAAAAGGCCCCGAAACGAAGGCACGCAAUAUGUGUCGAAGAAGAUCCCACUUCGGGGUUGUCGCCGAAGAAACUCUUCUCGGGUUUGAAACUCGAAUGCGACACGCAUCCUUUCCUCAAACGAGUGUGGACAAUUCGCCAUGUAUUGAACGCAGAGUCUCCGCUGCUGUCCGAAAGGGCCGUCCGUAUCAUCAGAGACUCCCGCGGUCGCUGGCCCACUGAAAUUUGCAAUCACACCUUUAUCCGCGAAAACGUUGAUUUCCAGCAGCUGAUUGUCUCUCUUUCGGGCACAGUGACAGGCACACGCGUGUACGGUCUUCAUGUGUACGACUAUCGCAACCUGCACGUCGGAUACACCUUUGCUCCCAAUCUACGGCGCUCACAACACGGCCGCUUGGAAGUUGAUAUAGACAGCAUCGACAACAUACGAGUACAACGAGGGGGUGGAGCUGAACCGAUCGAUAUUUACGAGUCGAGACCCAAUCGAGACGAAAACGCAACCAAAAAAGAGCUUGGUCGUUCGCGCCACACCGGACUGAGAAACCAACUGCUCAAAUAUGACCCAGGCGGCAGCUCUGACGCGUUGAGCCCCCAGUCAGACGACGACAGUGUUCCCCUCCAAACUGCUCGAAAUGUGCAAAAGAUUUCACUCGGAAGUCUGAACCGAGGUAUUACUGAAGAAUGCAGCAGCGACCUCGCUGACAGUUCAAUGUUUCACAGUCAGACAGCGCAUGGUCGAACUGGACCACUGAUGAACUCCGAUCCAGGGAUGCCAAUUUUCGACGACAGGCGAGCGGCUGCUAGGCGCAACUCAGUCGACUGA